AUGAAUAAGAAAAGACACUUUCUGGAGCCUCCAGCGGUCAAAGACUACCUGGUCAAAGGGGAGAGAUUUACCAAGUGGUCAGAGGACUCCACAAAGACUGUUCCUGUCACCAUGAAGAUGGAUCCGAAAGGUUUUUACGUUUACUGGAUCAACCAAAGCAAGGAGACAACGUUUCUGGAUGUUGCCACUGUCAGAGAUACCAGAACAGGGAAAUAUGCAAAACUUCCCAAACACACUAAGGUUCGCAACGUGUUCAACAUGGACUUCCCAGACAGCAACCAUCUCGCCAAAACUCUGACCAUCGUCUCAGGACCCGACACAGUGAAUCUGACCUACCAUAACUUCUUUGCCUCUAAGGACAAAGUGACACAGAACUGGGCAAAUGACAUCCUUGCAAUCGCCUACAAUGCUGCAAGAAACAAUGCGUGCAGACAGGUCUUCCUGGAGAAGAUAUAUGCCUGCCUUUCUCUUCACACCAACAAGGACGGCAAGAUCCCAGUGAAACAUAUUUACAAGAUGUUCCCUGCGGAUAAGAAGAGGGUGGAAAGUGCCUUAGCGUCAGCACAGCUCCCUAAAGGAAAGUAUGACAACAUAAAGCCUGACGUCUUUACUGAGUCUGCCUUCAAGACCUUUCUGUCAUACCUCUGCCCUCGGCCGGAGCUCUAUGAGAUCUUCACUUCUUACUCCAACAAACCCACCAUGACGAAGGAGAAUUUCACCAGGUUCCUCAACGAGAAACAGAGGGACUCUCGGCACAACGAGGAGCUGUUUCCACGUCUGCGACAGGACCAGAUCAAGGCUCUGAUGGAGAAAUAUGAACCCUGCUCCUCCAAUACAAACAGAAAUCUGAUUUCUCCAGAGGGUUUCUUAUUCUUCCUGAUGGGGGCCGAGACGUCAGUUGUCAUGCAGGACACGCUGGCCAAGAGCCAGGACAUGACUCAACCGAUACCCCACUACUUUAUCAAGUCCUCCCACAACACAUACCUGACAGCCGGUCAGUUCUCAGGCGUGUCCUCUCCAGAGAUGUACCGUCAGUGUCUGCUGUCUGGCUGCCGCUGUUUGGAGCUGGACUGCUGGAAGGGCAAACCUCCAGAUGAAGAGCCCAUCAUUACUCACGGCUUCACCAUGACAACUGAGAUACUCUUCAAGGAUGUGAUUGAGGCCAUCGCAGAGAGCGCCUUCAAGACCUCACAGUAUCCCGUUAUCCUCUCAUUCGAGAACCACGUCGACUCGGUGAAACAGCAGGAGAAGAUGGCCAACUACUGCAAAACCAUAUUUGGUGAUGCCCUUCUAACAGAUCCGCUGGACAAAUACCCUCUGAAGCUGGGCCAGCAGAUCCCCAGCCCCUCUGAGCUCAUGGGUAAGAUCCUCAUCAAGAACAAGAAGGGCAGCCAUGAAAAGCCGACGCAAACUAAGAAAACCAGCGCAGCAGCAACUGACCAGACCACAACCACCGCUUCACCCACCCAGGACCCAAACUCCACUUCCCAGGAUCCUGCCAACCCGGCACCCUGCACCCAGGAGAACCAAGAGGGGGACGCAGCUGUGGAGGACACUGAGGAACAAGAGGAGACAGAGGAACAGGAUGAGGAGAAAAUGAAGACGUCAGAUGAGGGCACAGCUGGACAAGAAGUCACAGCCUAUGAGGCGAUGUCGUCCCUGGUCAACUACAUCCAGCCCAAUAAAUUCAUGUCUUUUGACAACGCCAGAAAGAAAAACAAGAGUUACGUCAUCUCGUCUUUUGUGGAGACCAGAGGGGAGGCAAUGAUUUCCAAGACUGCUGUCGAGUUUGUUGAAUACAAUAAGAGGCAGAUGAGCAGGAUUUACCCAAAAGGAACAAGAAUGGACUCAUCCAACUACAGCCCACAGCCUUUUUGGAAUGUAGGCUGCCAGAUGGUGGCGCUCAACUACCAGACGAUGGAUUUCCCCAUGCAGCUGAACAUGGCUCUUUUUGAAUUCAACGGCAGAACUGGCUACAUGCUCAAGCACGACGUUCUGCGUCGCAGUGACAAAAAGUUUGACCCUUUCUGUGACAGGAUUGACACGGUUGUGGCAAGCACACUGACCAUAAAGAUCUACUCAGGCCAGUUUCUAUCUGACAAGAACGUGAAAACGGGAGUCGAGGUGGAGGUGAUUGGGCUGCCGGGAGACCCCAAGAAGAAACAUCGCACCAAAUGGUCCACCACACCCAACGCCAUCAACCCAGUGUGGAAUGAGGAGCCUUUUGUUUUUGAGAAGAUCCUGCUCCCAGAAAUGGCCUCUCUAAGAAUUGUAGUUCAUGAGGAGAACGGUAAAUUCUUGGGACACAGGAUCAUCCCGCUUGAUGCCAUCCAGUCAGGUUUCCAUCACAUCUGCCUGCGCAGUGAGAGCAACAUGCCGCUCACUCUGCCUGCUCUCUUUGUGUACAUCGAGGUCAAGGACUACAUCCCUGCAGCCUUCGCAGAUUUCACAGAUGCCCUUUUCAAUCCAACAAAGGGAGCAGAGAAGACCACAAAGGCCCCAAAGGAGUCAUCCUCUGACUACAUGUCUCCCUAUGAGAGGCCUAUUGUCGUCCAAAACCCCACAGACAAAACUAAGGAAAGCGAGGCCCCUGCUGCAGUAGAAAUGGUAGCAUCCGAACCUACACCACUAGUUGACACCAAUGACCAAUCACCAAAGUCUGCUCCAGAGGCAAGGUCAGAAGAAGCUAAAGAAGAGACUGAGAGCAAGUCAGACACUCAACAACCUGCAGCAGAACCUCCUCAAAAUCCUGACAACACUGCUGCUGAAGAUCCAGCCCCGGACCCAGGAAGCGCCACGCCUGAAACCCUUCCCGAAUCUUCUCCUUCACCGGAGGAGGCAGCCCCUGAGAAAGAAGCAGUUCAAGAGCCAGAGGACUCUUCUGAAACUAAAGAGGAGCCGGCGAACGAUUCCAGUACAAACCCUAAGCUAGCUUCAGAUGAUACACCAGACACAGAAGCUGCCAGCGCUGCUGAAGAGCCUGUUGCUGAGGCCUUGCCCUGUCCAGCAAGUGCAUUGCCCGAGUCUGCCGUAUCAGGUGACUCAUCUGAGCCGCCGACAUCCAGCGAAGAGCCUUCAACUGUGACUACUGAAGAACUGACAGAGCACAAGAACUACCUGAAGGUCAUCAAGCGCCAGGAGAGAGACAUUAAAGAGGGAGAAAAGAAGUAUCAGAAAAAAGGAGAGGAUCUGAUUCAGAAAUACUCUGACACGUUCAAGGGCAUCAAGAAGAAGGCCUCUGUGAAGAAAAAAGAGGGAGGGGGAAACACGUCUGAAUCCAGCGUGAAGACGGAGCGGGUGCAGGAGCAGAAGGAAAGAAUGCAGGUUGAGCUGCAAGCUCUGUGGACGGAGGAGUGUGAUCAGCUGAAGAAGAGGAAAGAGCAGUGUGCAACAGAGAGACUGGCCAAACUGUUGGAGAUGGCCACAGAGAGGCACACCAUUGAAAUGAAGACCCUGGAGAGUGAAACCAAAGAGAAUAAGAAGAAGACGCUCCUAAAAUGUUCAUCCUCAGAGAAAGCAAAGCUGAAAAGGGCAAUGAGCACAGAGCUGUUGGAUGAGCCGAGUCAGUCUGAUGGUGCACAAUCUUCAGAUUACACCUCACAGCAAACGGGUCUGAUGAAGAAACAGGCUGCUACGCUGGAGGAGAUCAAGACACUGACUAAUCAGCUCAAUCAGGAGGCCCUGAAGGAGCACAAUCAGAAACUGAGGUCUCUGCCUGCGGAGGUGAAGGAGGCCGUCAAUGUCUGUGUGGGGGCUCACUUUCCCGAACUGGUCGACCAGGCUGGAGACACGAAGGUAGAGGGAGCGGGCUUCUAUGGAGACGUCUUCCUGGGUUAGAUGUGCCUUUUGAUCCCCAGUGUAACGCAUCUUUUUUCAACCUGUUACAUAACCUAUAGUCUGAGCAUAACUGUGGAAUAGUAGAGGAUUAAAUUAGCUCUGCGUGAAAUAUUUGACUUUUAGAGGUGCUAGUCAUAGAGAGAGCUAUUUGGGGAGUCAUUAAGCCAUAAUGAUGUUUUUGUAGAUGUCCCGUAUACCAAAAGUUUGAUCAAUUGGAAAUUAUUUUCUUUCAGCUCUUUCUUUCUGUUGCUUGUCACCCAUAUAAAAAGCCUAAUACGGCGACAAAUAUUUACCAGAUGAAAGGCCAUCCCUGAAAGCUUUCGUUUGGUGCCCACAGUCUCCUUUCUGUUCUCUUAAUGAGAUCAAAAGUAGAAAUAAAUGUAGCAAGAAAAAUGUAGCAGCAAAAAUGCUUUAAAUGAGUCAGGCUGAAUCGAGCCAAUGACUCCAUCUGUCACGCUUCCGCACAUGCUGGCUAAUACUCCAUGAAGCCACAGCAAAACAUUCACUCUGAGAUUUAGGUGUUUUGCAGUUGUGAAGAAGGUUUUUAAAAAACCAAAACUGCAUUUACUCUUUAGCUGGAACAAAGGUCUGAUGACGAUGAGAAUACUCUACACAACAGGCAGCACCAGUACGUCAAUUUCC